CUUGACGCUGCGGGUCUGUGUCUGUCGGUUGUUGUUCAGAUCAAGAUGGCUGCUGUUGUCGGGGAUGGAGAGUGAGCGCAGGCUGUCAUCCCAGCACAGGCCGAGGAAACACUGACCGACCCGCCCAAACACCGCCACCCGCACCCGGCUGGACCCGAACCCGGACCACCGAAACAGAACCGGAUUCUCUUCUGAAGUAGGGGGCGUCGUGACAGACCGCAGACAUGGACACCACCACGUCCAUCAAGAUGACCACGCUGGCCAUCCAGAACCUGUUCAGCUACGUGGAGGAGGAGAACCUGGCUGCUCUCAAAGCUCACCUGGACCGCUUCAAGGAGGUGGACGGACGCAGCGACAACGGUCAGACUCCUCUGAUGCUGGCCGCGGAGCAGGGCAGUCUGGAGAUCGUCCAGGAGCUCAUCAGGAGAGGAGCCAACGUCAACCUGGACGACGUGGACUGCUGGUCGGCUCUGAUCUGUGCAGCUAAAGAAGGACACGUGGACGUGGUGAAGGAGCUGCUGGAGAACAGCGCCUACAUCGAACACAGAGACAUGGGAGGAUGGACGGCUCUGAUGUGGGCAGCUUACAAAGGUCGAGUGGAGGUGACCACUCUGCUGCUGGAGCACGGAGCCAACCCCAACACUACAGGACAGCAGUACAGUGUGUAUCCGAUCAUCUGGGCCGCAGGUCGAGGACACGCCGACAUCGUCAAACUGCUGCUGCAGAACGGAGCCAAAGUCAACUGUUCUGACAAGUAUGGGACCACUCCUCUGAUCUGGGCGUCCAGAAAAGGACACUUUGACUGUGUGAUGCACCUGCUGGAGAACGGAGCCGAUGUGGACCAGGAGGGGGCGAACUCGAUGACAGCUCUGAUCGUGGCGGUGAAGGGCGGAUACACCGAUGUGGUGAAGGAGCUGCUGAAGAGGAACCCCAACGUCAACAUGACCGACAAAGACGGGAACACGGCGCUGAUGAUCGCCGCCAAGGAGGGCUACACCGAGAUCGUCCAGGACCUGCUGGACGCCGGGACCUACGUCAACAUCCCGGACCGGAGCGGAGACACGGUGCUGAUCGGAGCGGAGGGGGGGCACGUGGAGAUCGUCAGAGCUCUGCUGCAUAAAUACGCCGACAUCGACAUCAGAGGACAGGAGAAUAAAACUGCUCUGUACUGGGCUGUGGAGAAAGGAAACGCCACCAUGGUCAGAGACAUCCUGCAGUGUAACCCCGACACUGAGACCUGCACCAAGGAUGGAGAGACUCCUCUGAUCAAAGCCACUAAGAUGAGGAACAUCGAGAUCGUGGAGCUGCUGCUUGAUAAAGGAGCCAAAGUGUCGGCUGUCGACAAGAAAGGAGACACUCCCCUCCACAUCGCCAUCCGUGGGCGGAGCCGCCGCCUGGCCGAGCUCCUCCUCAGAAACCCUAAAGAUGGCCGCCUGCUGUAUCGGCCCAACAAGGCCGGAGAGACGCCGUACAACAUCGACUGCAGCCACCAGAAGAGCAUCCUCACACAGAUCUUCGGAGCUCGUCACCUGUCCCCCACAGAGUCAGACGGAGACAUGCUGGGUUACGACCUGUACAGCUCCGCGCUGGCCGACAUCCUGAGCGAGCCGACCAUGCAGCCUCCCAUCUGUGUGGGUCUGUACGCUCAGUGGGGCAGCGGCAAGUCCUUCCUGCUGAAAAAGCUGGAGGAUGAGAUGAAGACGUUUGCCGGGCAGCAGAUCGAGCCGUUGUUCCAGUUUUCCUGGCUCGUGGUCUUCCUGUCUCUGCUGCUCUGCGGUUCCGUCGCCAUCGUCCUCGGCUUCACCGUCGACCCCAAACUGGCCAUGGCUGUCUCCCUGAGUCUGCUCGCUCUGCUCUAUCUCUUCUUUGUGGUGGUGUAUUUCGGCGGGCGUCGGGAGGGUGAGAGCUGGAACUGGGCGUGGCUGCUCAGCACCCGUCUGGCUCGUCACAUCGGGUAUCUGGAGCUGCUGCUGAAGCUGAUGUUCGUCAACCCGCCGGAGCUGCCGGAGCAGAGCACCAGAGCUCUGCCCGUCAGGUUCCUGUUCACAGACUACAACCGUUUGUCCAGUGUCGGAGGAGAGACGUCGAUGGCCGAGAUGAUCGCCACGCUGUCCGACGCCUGUGAGAGAGAGUUUGGCUUCCUCGCCACGCGUCUGUUCAGAGUGUUUAAGACCGAGGAGACACAAGGUAAGAGGAAGUGGAAGAAGACGUGCUGCGUGCCGUCCUUCAUCAUCUUCGUCCUGGUGCUGGCCUGUCUGGUGACGGGCAUGGCGCUGCUGGCCGUCUUUAAGGUGGACGGGGAGAACCGGACGGUGAACGCCGUGCUGAUCGCCAUCAGCAGCGUGGUGGGUCUGGCUCUGCUGCUCAACUGCAGGACGUGGUGGCAGGUGACCGACUCGGUGCUGAACUCUCAGAGGAAGAGGCUGCACAGCGCUGCCAACAGGAUGCACAAGCUGAAGAGCGAGGGCUUCAUGAAGGUCCUGAAGAACGAGGUGGAGCUGAUGGCGAGGAUGGCAAAGACCAUCGACGGCUUCACGCAGCAUCAGACGAGGCUGGCGGUCGUCAUCGACGGACUGGACUCCUGUGAACAGGACAAAGUCCUGCAGAUGCUCGACACGGUCAGGGUUUUAUUCUCCAAAGGUCCCUUCAUCUCCAUCUUUGCCAGCGACCCGCACAUCAUCAUCAAAGCCAUCAACCAGAACCUGAACAGCGUCCUCCGAGACUCCAACAUCAAUGGACACGACUACAUGAGGAACAUCGUCCACCUGCCCGUCUUCCUCAACAGCAGAGGACUGUCCAGCGCCAGGAAGAUGUGCACCGCCGCCCCGGCUAACGGGGACGCCGCCAACGCCGAUGGUUGGCAUGAGGAGUUGGACAGGAAACUGUCUCAGCACAGUUUGGGUGAAUUAACUAAGUUUGGCAGCAAGACAACGCUGACCCGCAGGGACACGUACCGGCGGCGUCAGGUGCAGCGCUCGGUGACUCGUCAGAUGUCGUUCGACCUGACGAAGCUGAUGGUGACGGAGGACUGGUUCAGCGACAUCAGCCCACAGACGAUGAGGAGGCUGCUCAACAUCGUCUCCGUCACAGGUCGUCUGCUGAGAGCCAAUCAGAUCAGUUUUAACUGGGAUCGCCUGGCGUCGUGGAUCAACCUGACGGAGCAGUGGCCCUACAGGACGUCCUGGCUCAUCCUGUACCUGGAGGAGACUGAUGGCGUCCCCGACCAGGCCACGCUCAAGACCAUCUAUGAAAGAGUGUCGAAGAACAUCCCCACCACCAAAGACGUGGAGCCUCUGCUGGAGAUCGACGGAGACGUUCGCAGCUUUGAGGUCUUCCUGUCGUCACGGACGCCGGUCCUGACGGCCCGGGACAUCCGCACCUUCCUGCCUUGCACCGUCAACCUGGACCCCAAACUCCGAGAGAUCAUAGCAGAUGUUCGUGCGGCCCGGGAGCAGAUGAACGUGGGCGGGGUCACAUACCCGCCCCUCCCGCUGCAGGAGGCUCAGCCCCGCCCCUCCUCCAUCUACAGCCAGGUGUCGUCGGCGUGCUCUCCCUCCGCCUCCUUCAGCGGGCCCUUCGCUCAGCCACCAGGGGGCGUCGUCUCCCCGCAGCCCCACAGCAGCUACUACAGCGGCAUGGCCGGGCCGCAGCACCCCUUCUACAACAGGCCAUAUUUCCCCCAUCACCUUUACCAGCUGCCACGCCCCCUCGUGGCCACCUCCUACUCAUCACACUUCCAUCCUCGCCCGCUGCCUAAAACCUCCUGCAGCAGGGACGCCGCCGCCGCUGCACCUUCUAAAGCUUCAUCUUUGAAAAGGAAGCAGGGUUCGGCCUCGGUCGUGUCGGGUGCUCCGGCCAUCCUCCUCAGCUCCAUGACGACGGAGGCCGUGUGUGAGCGCGUGCGUCAGAUCGAAGGCAUCGACCAGAGCAUGAUGGGACAGUACACCGCCACCAUCAGGAAGGCGAACGUUAACGGCAGAGUUCUGUCUCAGUGCAACAUCGACGAGCUGAAGAAGGAGAUGAACAUGAACUUUGGAGACUGGCAGCUCUUCAGAGCCACGGUCCUGGACAUGCGUCACAUCGAGAGCCAGGUGCUGCACGAGGAGGCGGCCAGCGAGCAAGGCAGCGUGGUCGGCGGUCACAACGAAGCCGGAAGACGAGCCGUGGCUCCGCCUCACGCCGGCGCCGCCAACCCGGACGCUUCACCGAUGUACAGCUUCAACCUGAGCUUCGAGGAGCUGAGCACGGUGGGACUGGACGAAACGGCCCGACACGGAAACAUGCAGUGGAUGGGCGCAGCUCAUCGCACCGCCAGCAUGACCAGCCUCAACUCCCAGGAGUCGUCCAACGACAUCUCCAGGCUGACAGACAAGCAGCAGGCCGAGUACCGCAACGCCUACCAGGAGUACAUCGCCCAGAUGGCCCAGCUGGAGAUGGGCGGCGGCAGCGGGGAGAAGCCCGUCCAACCGCAGCCCGGGCAGUUCAUGACAUCAUCGUCAUCUGAGGACAAGAGCAAAGAGGGCGCCGAGCAGGACGGACGCAAAUCCUUCACCAAGAGGAGCGGUGCCAAGCCGGCAGCAGACAACGCCGAGUUCGCCUCCAACGGAGACGCCCUGGACCCCAUCACGGAGGAGGAUGAGAAGGGUGACCACGGAUCCUCCAAGUCCCUGCUGACCCGCAAGACCUCGGGCGAAAGAGGCGGGCUGUUCCAAGGCGCCGCUGACCUGAAGCUGAAGGCUGGCGGAGGGCUGCGCUACCAGAAGCUGACGAGCGACGACGAAGAGUCGGAGGAGUCAGAUAACGCCCCCCUGCUGAAAGACGGAAAGAAGGCGGGAGACCCCAAACUGCCCGGUGGCUCUCUGGCACUGAAGGGGAAGGACUACCUGUCGGACGCCAUGCUGGACAAGAAGGACUCGUCUGACUCUGGUGUGCGGUCCAACGAGAGCUCGCCCAACCACUCUCUGCAGGACGAGGAGGCGGACCUGUCACAGCUGGAGAGGGCCAACCUGAUCGAGCUGGACGAGGAGAGUCUGGCCAGGAAGCGCGGCCUUCCCAGCAGCCUCAGCGGCCUCCAGGACCCAGCUGUCGCCCGCAUGUCCAUCUGCUCGGAGGACCAGUGCAGCCUGCUGGCCAGCAGCCCAGAGGAGAGCUGGCCCUCAUCCAAAACCUACAACCUGAACCGCACGCCCAGCAACGUCACGCUCAACAACAACACCAACGCCCAGCAGGGCAACCGCCCCCGCCAGCCCACCGAGGGCUCCACCUCCUCCUCCAACCCCACCUCCUCCUCCUCCUCCACUGGCGACGUCAUCAUCUCCCCGAGCUCCGGGACCACCGGCACCUCUGGGACCACCGCCGCCACUAGGCCCGGUCCGAACAACGAGAACGUCCGCGUGGUCCACCUGAAGAGAGGCCUGAAGCCCGGAGACCCGCCGGAGAUCUGCACCGUGUCCUCGGACACCGUCACCUUCGGCGAGGAGCGCGAGAGCAUCCUGUGACCUCGCUGAGACGAAGAGAGCACUGAGGGUCCGCCAGGAGCCGCCUUCUCCCUCUGAACCAAUCAGACACUUUGAAUCAGAUGUGAAACGACAGCCUCUGAUUGGCUGAAAUUUAAAUAAUUGGACUUUAAAACAGUAAAACCUCUGUUUGUCUGAUGGGAGAAGGAGGAGCAGCUGCUGGAGGACCAGUAGUUUCAGUCUGUGUUGCAUGCUCAGUAGAAAAACGUGAAGCUCAGUAGAGACGUAGAAACUUUAACUAGAAGCUGCUGCAUGAUGUUGUUGAUGUUGUUGUUGUUGUUGUUGUUGUUGUUGUGGUGGUGACGUGAUUUUUGCCUCCAGGAAACAACAGUUAUUUGUUCCUGCAGAUGUUUAACAGCUGGACCUGGAGCAAGUUUAACAUUUUAAUAUUCACAGCUGAACGAUUUGACAAACUCUAACUCUCUGAACUGAUGUGAUGAUGAAACCUCAGAGUCUGUGGUUGUGUUUCCAGCUCCUGACUCUCAGAGCCUUGUCUCUGUGUGACAGACACACUCACCAAUCAGAAGUCAGAGCCACUGUGGAAACGCCCACUAACAAAAACAAAAUGGCUGCCACCUCAGAGGAGAAGCUGCUGCAGGCGUCUGUAGGUCUGUAAGUAUGGAAGUUAAAGAAUGACAAAACUGUCAGACGAUAAAUACACAGGAUAAAAUUACGACUUCAAGAUUGAAAUCAUGAAUUAAUAAUUUGAAAAAGCAGCUCGUUAAAAUCCUGAGAUGGUGCUUCUCAUGCUCAGAUUAUAUUCUCUGACUUAGCAUUAGCUACAGUUAGCAUCACAAAACUUACAUUUGAAUUUGGGCUAGCGUACUCUGCCCAAAUGUGAAACUAAUUAUGUGGGCAAGUUUUUAAGUUCAGAACAUUUAAAGUGCAAAAUCCUGAAAAAAAACACCUGGAAGGAAGCUGGUGGUGAGGUCGACGCGUCGCUGCGUUCAGGGACAGAAGCUGCUACAGACGGACAGACCACAGACGUCAUAAAGUCUAAAUGAAAUAUCAGAGUUUGUUUUUCUUCCAGCUCAGUUACAGGAGGUUAAACUAAUGCUCCGUCAUGUUUUACAUGUUGACCUCAGCCUGCAGGUCUGUCAGGGUCCACAGCAGAACUGAAGCUUCAUCUGAAGUCUGACUUUAGUUAAACAGUGACAGGAGAUUUGAUUUUAAAACAGGAAACAUAGUUUUCUCCAGGUCUGAUGUUAGAUUCUUUAAACACAGCAGAAAUAAUCAAUAUCCACUGUUUGAUGUUCUGAACCCUGACGACCACAUGGACCAGGUUCUGUUCUGGUUCCUGAACCGAAAUCUGAACCAAAAAUAAAUCAGCUCUGAGUCUGAGAAUCUGUAAUAACAGGAGAUCAGUGACCUGGACUAGGUCUCUGGACAGAACCGGAUCAAGACAGAGGUGACUCAGUGGGUCAGAGGAAUCAGUGGAGCUUAAGUGAACCUGGAGCUGAUCAGCGGAUUGAUCCUGGUCUCAGAUCCAAAUUUAAAGUGAAUGUUUUCAUUGAUUGUGAAGGAUCUGGUUCUGUUCUGAGGAACAGACCUGAUCAGUGUGAAUCAGUAUUAACUCGUCGUUAACUCGUAUCAGUGUUGAUGUUGGUGAAGAGACCGAGUCGUUUCUAGUUGUUUUUUUAUUUAAACUUUAUUCACAGUUUUAAUCAGAGCUGAGACUGAGGAACAAAACUGUUUCACUUAUAAAAUAUCAAACUGACUUCAUCUGACGGAGAGAAACUGCUGGAUGCUAACGUUAGCCGUGUAGCUACAAACACAACCUUUAAACCUGAAGUUUAAAAUAUGAAAAUUAAUUUUUAGAAACAGAAAAACUGAAUAGUUGUGAUCAGUCUCAGAUCUGAAGCUGCAUGUUUCUGUCUCAGUGCUCUCUACCUGUAAUACCUGUAACCAUGUGACCUGUGACCACGUGACUGAUCAUGUGACUGUAACCAUGUGGCUGUGAUCAUGUGACCUGUGCUUCACUUAAACAGAAUAAACUGGAUGUUAAACGUUG